GUUUACGGAGUCGGACGCAGUUUGAGAUCUUAGGAAGCAGCAAAAAUGGCGGUCCCGUUGCUUACCAAGAAGGUCGUGAAGAAGAGGUCUGCCAGGUUCAUCAGACCCCAGAGCGACCGCAGGAUCACGGUGAAGGAGAGCUGGAGGAGGCCAAAGGGUAUUGACUCUAGGGUCAGGAGAAAGUUCAAAGGUGUCACUUUGAUGCCCAAUGUUGGUUACGGAUCUGACAAGAAGACACGUCACUAUCUUCCCAAUGGAUUCAAGAAAUUCGUUGUUCACAACACAAGUGAGCUCGAGCUAUUGAUGAUGCACAACAGGACCUACUGCGCAGAGAUUGCCCACAACGUCUCCACCAGGAAGAGGAAGGCCAUUGUCGAGAGAGCUUCUCAGCUAGACAUUGUUGUUAGCAACAGGCAUGCUAGGCUCCGUAGCCAAGAAGACGAGUGAAGAAACAAGCCACUUUGAGAUAUUUAGUUGUUUCUGUCUCGUUGCAUUUCCUUUUUUUGUUAUCAGACGAUUUUGAUUACCUUGUUGUGUUUGGAGUGAACAAACAAGAGUUUUGGUUCUUAGUAUGAAACAUCUUCAAUUAAAAUACCAUUUUGUUAACUGUU